AUGAAGGAUCGCUGCCAGGUUGACAAUAAACGAUACACGGAUGUCUUUGGAAGACAUGUAUUUCCAGAUGAUGCGGAAGAUAUCAAGUCUCACCGCUGGUUCAAGAAUUUUCCCUGGGACCGUGUUCAUGCCAUCAACCCACCAUUUGUGCCACACAUAACUAGUCUCGAUGACACUCAUUAUUUUGACGAGUCAGAUCCUUUUACAGAGCCCAUGGCUUCCUCUGAGAACGAGACAGUGGACCCGACACCUGAUCAUAUUCGCUGGGUGCUGCGAGAAUGCCGGCCUGUGGUUCAAAAUUUGGCGAUUGAGCUAAUUUCAACCCCGUACGAUUCGACAAGACUGCGUAGUGCUGAUCGCAGAAUUGAUAGAACUUUCAAUAUCACGCCUGAAGAGCGCAAGACUCUCAAAACAUUCAUUCGUAUGUAUGGAAGAAAAGAACGAAAGCGACCCAGAGACAUAUUAUUGCGAGAUCAGAGCACCAAAACAUUGGCCUUGGACGUGAGAAAAAAGACGGCAUUCAUGGGGUACGGGUGGCGUCGGAUGCGUCCCGGGGGGUACAUAACGCCAAAUUUGGGGAAAUACGAGAUGGCGGAGCUCUAA